GGAGAUAAUUUAAGGAUCAUGAACGAUCGUUUGUGUUUGAUUGAAAAAGACAGGAAACAGAUUAAAGAACGUGUGACAAAACUAGAGAAACUACAAAGAGUUACUUCAUAUGAAACUCCAAACAAUGAGACUGACACAACUCCAUUUCAUGAGACGGCUUCCAGACAAGGUGAAGCCAAUGCAGAUCAAGCAGAUGAACAACUUAACAAUGAGGCAAGUAUAAUUUUGAAAACUGUUGGUAUUUAUAAAAUUAUGAAUUUGGUUGUACUUAAAUUAAUUUUUGGAAGUUCUUGUACGUGUUCAUAAUCCCAUUCCUGACUUCAGGAUACACGAGAGCCUAUGAAUGAGAUCACGAAAGAGACACCUGGUUCUCCAAUAGCUCAACAGAAUAUUGAGACUCCAGUCCUUACUCCAAUUCAGACGCAGCAGGAGACUCACGAGCUUAUGAAUGAGAUCAUUUCACCAAACAUUUCCGACACACAGCCAAAUACCCGAGCUCGCAGAAAUCUUUUAACAGAGCAAAAUAAGGAUGUAGAAAGCAGAGUUCAAAAUCCCUUUGAGAUCGGAGCAAAUGUGGAGAUUUCAUCACAAGAUGACAAUACUUGUCAUAAAUGGUAUCCAGGAAAUGUGUUGGCAACAUAUUUGGUUGAUGGGGUUGAGAUGGUGAAAGUUGAGUACUCCGUCCCAUCUCUGGACGAAAAGAAGAGGAAAAGGAGUGUUGAGACACGUGUAUCAAUUGACAGAAUACGUCUUCAACCACCACCUGAGAGAUCUGGAGCGAAGAAAAGUUAUGAGCUAAUGCAGGACGUGGAGGCGUUCGACAAUGGUGCCUGGUGCGCUGGAAAAGUUAAAGUCAUUUUGUUUGAUGGCUCGUGUUUUGUCUCUUUGAACAAUUCUACUGAACAAAUUUACUUCAACCAUUCUGAGAUGUGAAAACCAAGAAAAUGGGUAGAUGGUGUUUGGGAGAUGACAAAAAAGGUAAAACAAAUGCCUUGGAUCACUUGAAUUGAAAAAUAAUGUCAUUUGUUUAAUAUCUCGGUAUUGAUUUUCAGAUGGAAGAAGAGCAGACGCAGAGUGUGAAUCCAAGUGAAGGAGAUGGUGAUAAAAAGGGGAAGGCGAAGGCUGUCGCUUGUAAGAAAAAUGAAGCAGCUGGUCCAUCAGAAGAUGGUGUUGGGAAAAUGGCAAAAGAGAUGGAAGUAAAGCAGGGUAAGAGUGUGAAACCAAGUCAAGACGAUCAUGCAAAAAAGGGGAAGCCUGAUGUUGGUAAGAAGAAGAAAGCAAAUGCUCAGCCAGUAGAUUUGCUUCCUUUUCUACAGCGAGAAGAGAAGAGGCCAAUACGACCUAGAAACCCUCCUAUACCUGUAACACCUGAGGUAAUCCUUCCAAUUGAUCCAUUUGUGACACCUGAAUUUCCUCGGUUUUCAAGGCUUGCACACUGGAUGGAUCUACGGGGCAUAUAUCGUGUACCGUUUUAUAUCAAUGGAAAAGAAAUUGAAAAAGAGUUCUUUCAAAAAAUGGACGAUGCAGAAAACAAUCUCAACAAAGAGCACAUAAAUGUUGCAUUUGAAAUGCUAAAUUGUAAGAGGGUUGAGCAAGGUGCUUGGUUCCGCAACAACAAUCUUCCAGCAGCAUGCUUUGUACCAGUCAAAUUCUUAGAAGUGGUUGGGUACGCUUAUGAAUCUGUCAGGAAGCCACAUAAGAAAAAAAAAACGUUAUUGGAGGGCUGUGUAGGCGAACUUGUGAAAGGUUUAAUACAUCCAAAGAAGGUAUGGCUGGAAGAUGUUGAUGUUAUAUAUGGUGUCAUUGAAGAUAAGUUGAGCUAUCACUAUAUUGGGGUGGAGAUACAAUUGAUGGACAACACAAUCACACUCUUCCAUUGUGGUCUUCCAAAAGCAAAUAUCAAACGUGCUCUUAAUCAAAUCCAAGAACUGGCAGUGUUGAUUAGUGCCAUAAAGAUGGAACUUCUUGGUGAAGAGGUUAAUUUCGAAGAUAUCAGUCCAUUUGAAGUUAAGUUUGCAGAAGGGCUUCCAAAGACAAAAUUUCCAUACAACUGUGGUAUUUUUGUUGUGAAGAUGCUGGAAUGCAGGUCACUGGGAUUGAAGAGCAUGGCUAAUAUAAAUGAUGAAACUGCGAUGGACUUACGAAGCAAGCUAUGUUGUGAGAUCUUCGACCAGUUUAUGGAUAAAGAUUUCCAGGAAGGUCAAAGGAAGUGAAAAUGUCAUAUUUGUUCUGUUUUCUACUCUGUUUUUCUACUUUGAUAUUAAUUAUCGCUAACGUUUAAGUUUAAGUUUGUAAUGAAUUAUCCCUAACGUUUUUUUCAUUUAGAUUGUUAUUGAAAAUUUUUUAGGAUGUAUUGAUGAAUUGUCAAAUGCUUAUGGUACUUUUAGGAUGGGUUUCCAGAAAAAGAGUGAGAAAGCAAAAUGCACCAAAGCCUAGCAAAUUCCUUUAAAGUUUACAAAAAAAAAUGAAAAAGAAUGUGAUCCGAUGUUGAUUGAACUCGUGAACUCUCGAAAGAUGAAUCAAAGUGUGCAGCCGCUGUGCCAAGGGUGUUAUACUUGCCAAAAGCUAUAAUAAAACGAAAAUAACUUUUGAAUAUUUAAUUAAAAACAGAAAAAAGUGUAAGUAUACACAACGGGGAUCGAACACGGCUUAUUGUGUGAUAAGGGUACACUAAGAGUAGAAGGGCUUGCCACUAGGCUAUGGUGGAUAUUCGAUAACAGAGUAAAUGUGAACUUAUUUAUUCACAGACGAUAGAUUUAUAUAAUCUGGAUAUCAUUUUAGGUAUUCAGGAUAGGUUUCCAAAAACAAAUUCCUUUAAAGUUUACAAAAAAAAAUGAAAAAGAAUGUGAUCUGAUGUUGAUUGAACUCGUGAACUCUCGAAAGAUGAAUCAAAGUGUGCAGCCGUUGUACCAAGGGUGUUAUACUUACCAAAAGCUAUAAUAAAACGAAAAUAACUUUUGAAUAUUUAAUUAAAAACAGAAAAAAAUGUGAGUAUACACAACGGGGAUCGAACACGGCUUAUUGUGUGAUAAGGGUACACUAAGAGUAGAAGGGCUUGCCACUAGGCUACGGUGGAUAUUCGAUAACAGAGUAAAUGUGAACUUAUUUAUUCACAGACGCUAGAUUUAUAUAAUCUGGAUAUCAUUUUAUGUAUUCAGGAUGGCUUUCCAAAAACAAAUAAGCAAAUCAGAUAACCAAGUUACAAGAACACUAGGCCAAACCAUUACAAAAUAGUGAAAAACAUUGAACAAGUUUUUUUAUUUAGGUUGUUAAUUGAAGAAACAACACAAGAGAAACAAAAGUACUUAUUCAUUUAAAAUAAAAACUGAAAAUCAAACAUAAUGUGGUCCUUAAAAACAUAAAAAGAGAAGAUGAUAACAUGAAAUUACUCAUGACACAGCCAACUUUCGCCAAGUUUAUCCCAAUCAGGGACUUUGACCUUCACAUCAGCAAGCAUUCCUUCCGCUUCCGAGUGCUCUUCUUUGAGUUUCUCCAACUCAGCAGUUAAAUCAAAUUUUCCAUCAGCUUUGAUAAUAUCUUCAAGCAACUCGAUUUGGACAGCAAUUGAAUUUGCUUUGCUGGAUGCCAGAUUCCAAUCAUUCUCAGAUAGCCUGUAUUCGGUUGACAAACGAAGAAGAGCCCUGUAAUGUACCACAGUUUCCUUCUUCCCCUUAUUGAAACCUUCGGCGGCAUCACAUCCGUAAACCUCCUCUAUGGGACGCUUCAUCAUCUUCUUUGAACUUCCUUCCAUUGAAACUUUGUCCUGCAACAAAAUCGAAACUAAGAUGUUACGAUAAAAUAGAAAUAGAAAAAAGUUCAUGAAUUGAAUGGAAAAUGAGAAAAAUCGAAAACUAACUUGUAUUGCAAAAGGAUAAAUCAGACGAAAUGAAGUGAGUGAAUAAAAGGUCUGAUAUCGUCCCUUAUAUUUAUAGAACUAAAAGGAACUCUUCGAUUAUUGAAGUCAGUUAAAAUAAACUCUUGAUUAUUGUGGAACUCUUCGAUUAUUGAAGUCAGUUACUGAAAUAACCAAUCAUAUAACAGCCAAUCUUGACGAAAAGAAACUCUUCGGUUACUGAGUUACAUGAUGUCGUUUGGAAGAGACUCUUCGAUUCCUGAGAUAUAUGUUUGAACAAAAAAAAAUCAACCAUUACUCGUAGGAGAGUCGAACCCGGGUCGAACAAAUGUUUCGGUAUCAUAGGUUUCGUGGUUUAGCCGCUAGGCUGAGGAGAAUCAUCUGUUAGUUGCUUCCACAUAAUUGAAUUUAGCCAUACAAUUUAUAGUAUAAUACAUUGGAAAGAUCUUUGAUAGUUCAGGAUGGGCUUCCAGAGUAUGCAUGAAUAAUAUACAUGAAUAUUAGUGUGCUUCUUUCUUAAACUAGAAAAAAAUGAAAUGAGAUCAAAACUAAGGAUUAAUAUCUACACAUUUGGAAAAUUUGAUAAUGUGAUUUGCAAAUUUUGGAGGAAAAAAAAAUAUAUAUACACAUCUCAUAGGAUUCGAACCUGAAGAUGACUAGGAGGAAAGAGGGAAUUAAGGUGUAGUAGCCACUAGGCCAAGUUAAUUUCAGUCAUUACAUGUUGUAAGUAAAGUAAUAUAUUUCUUUUAUUUUUAUUCAACUUAAAUUUUUUUAAAAAACUCUGAUUAGUAGGGGAAUCGAACCCGGGUCGAGUCAAGCGUUACAAUUUCGACAGAUAGGUGUUUUAGCCGCUAGACCGAGGAGAAUCAUCUGUUACACUUUUCCACAUAAUUAUUCUUAACAGAAAAUGUUGUAUUAUAAACCUUGGAAAGGAACUCGGUAUUUCUGGAUGGGAUUCCAGAAUAGUUGAAUAUUACUGUGUUUUUUUCUAGCAAAGAAGUUUAAACUAAAAAUUGAAAUGAGAUCAAAAGAUAAUGUUGUAUAUUACAAAAGUUGUAAGAAAUCAUACUUAUUCAGGAUAGGGUUCCAAAAGAAAAAAUGUAUAUGGUCUUGUGCAUAUCAUGUAACCAUCAAAUAGCCAACAUCCAAAUAAUAAUCGAUAAAAAUGUAAAAAUGUAGAACUUCAUCCUAUAGGCCUCUGGCAUGUGAUCUUGUU